GGGAGGCCUGGCACCAGGCCCGCGGUUGGGGACCCGGGGUGGCCCCCAGCCUGCGGACCUAGACCUGCGCCUUCCUUGCGGUGCUGUGGGUCCCGGUGGAUCGCUGAGCCUGCGCCUGCCCUUCCCACAGGGGCGGCCCGAGGGCCAUGCGGAGGCCCGUGAGGAAGCCGGCGGCCGGUUGCGUCCUGUAGCCUCCAGAGAGCGUCCAGGCCCUCAGGGCGGCGGCCUCAGCGCCAUGGAAGCCCCGUACUCGAUGACGGCGCACUACGACGAGUUCCAGGAGGUCAAGUACGUGAGCCGGUGCGGUGCUGGGGGCGCGCGCGGGGCCUCGCUGCCCCCCGGCUUCCCGCUGGGCGCGGGGCGCGGCGCCACCGGGGCCCGGGCUGGGCUGCCGCGCUGGAACCGGCGCGAGGUGUGCCUGCUGUCGGGGCUGGUGUUCGCCGCCGGCCUCUGCGCCAUCCUGGCCGCCAUGCUGGCGCUCAAGUACCUGGGCCCGGGCGCGGCGGGCGGCAGCACCUGCCCCGAGGGCUGUCCCGAGCGCAAGGCCUUCGCGCGCGCCGCGCGCUUCCUGGCUGCCAACCUGGAUGCCAGCAUAGACCCGUGCCAGGACUUCUAUUCGUUUGCCUGCGGUGGCUGGCUGCGGCGCCACGCCAUCCCAGACGACAAGCUCACCUACGGUACCAUCGCGGCCAUCGGCGAGCAGAAUGAGGAGCGGCUGCGGCGCCUGCUAGCGCGGCCUGGGGGCGGCCCGGGCGGUGCGGCCCAGCGCAAGGUGCGCGCCUUCUUCCGCUCGUGCCUCGACAUGCGCGAGAUCGAGCGGCUGGGUCCGCGGCCCAUGCUCGAGGUCAUCGAGGACUGCGGCGGCUGGGACCUAGGCGGGGCGGCCGAGCGCGGGGGGACCGCGGCGCACUGGGACCUCAACCGGCUGCUGUAUAAGGCGCAGGGCGUGUACAGCGCCGCCGCGCUCUUUUCGCUCACAGUCAGCCUGGACGACAGGAACUCCUCGCGCUACGUCAUCCGCAUUGACCAGGACGGGCUCACCCUGCCAGAGAGGACCCUCUACCUCGCCCAGGAUGAGGAGAGCGAGAAGAUCCUGGCGGCUUACCGGGUGUUCAUGGAGCGUCUGCUCAGGUUACUGGGUGUCGAUGCUGUGGAGCAGAAGGCCCAGGAGAUCCUGCAGCUGGAGCAACAGCUGGCCAACAUCACCGUGUCAGAGUAUGAUGACCUCCGGCGAGAUGUCAGCUCCAUGUACAACAAGGUGACGCUGGGGCAGCUGCAGAAGAUCACUCCCCACCUCCGGUGGAAGUGGCUGCUGGACCAGAUCUUCCAGGAGGACUUCUCGGAGGAUGAGGAGGUGGUGCUGCUGGCCACGGACUACAUGCAGCAGGUGUCCCAGCUCAUCCGCUCUACACCCCGCAGGAUCCUGCAUAACUACUUGGUGUGGCGUGUGGUGGUCGUCCUGAGUGAGCACCUGUCCCCCCCGUUCCGAGAAGCACUGCACGAGCUGGCACGAGAGAUGGAGGGCAGCGACAAGCCGCAGGAGCUGGCCCGAGUCUGCCUGGGCCAGGCCAACCGCCACUUUGGCAUGGCGCUUGGCGCCCUCUUUGUCCAUGAGCACUUCUCAGCUGCCAGCAAGGCCAAGGUGCAGCAGCUGGUGGAAGACAUCAAGUACAUCCUGGGCCAGCGCCUGGAGGAGCUGGACUGGAUGGAUGCCGAGACCAAGGCGGCUGCUCGGGCCAAGCUCCAGUACAUGAUGGUGAUGGUUGGCUACCCGGACUUCCUGCUCAAGCCCGAGGCCGUGGACAAGGAGUACGAGUUUGAGGUCCACGAGAAGACCUACUUCAAGAACAUCUUGAACAGCAUCCGCUUCAGCAUACAGCUCUCAGUUAAGAAGAUCCGGCAGGAGGUGGACAAGUCCACGUGGCUGCUCCCCCCACAGGCGCUCAACGCCUACUAUCUACCCAACAAGAAUCAGAUGGUGUUUCCCGCGGGCAUCCUGCAGCCCACGCUGUAUGACCCUGACUUCCCACAGUCUCUGAACUACGGGGGCAUCGGCACCAUCAUCGGGCACGAGCUGACCCAUGGCUAUGACGACUGGGGGGGGCAGUACGACCGCUCGGGGAACCUGCUGCAUUGGUGGACGGAGGCCUCCUACAGCCGCUUCCUGCACAAGGCCGAGUGCAUCGUCCGUCUCUAUGACAACUUCACUGUCUACAACCAGCGGGUGAACGGGAAGCACACACUUGGCGAGAACAUUGCGGACAUGGGUGGCCUCAAGCUGGCUUACUACGCCUAUCAGAAGUGGGUGCGGGAGCACGGCCCGGAGCACCCCCUGCACCGGCUCAAGUACACGCACAACCAGCUCUUCUUUAUCGCCUUUGCCCAGAAUUGGUGCAUCAAGCGACGGUCACAGUCUAUCUACCUGCAGGUGCUGACCGACAAGCACGCACCUGAGCACUACAGGGUGCUGGGCAGCGUGUCCCAGUUUGAGGAGUUUGGCCGGGCCUUUCACUGCCCCAAGGACUCGCCCAUGAACCCUGCCCACAAGUGCUCCGUGUGGUGAGCCCACCACCCACGCCCCCGCAGCCCUGCACGCGUCGCCUUCUGCUGUGGCCGGGGCGGGCAUGGACCCGGCCCUGCAGGCCCCUCCGGCACUGCCCGCUUUUCCAGCCCUCCUGCCGUGCCGCUGCUCCUCACUCAGAUGCGGUGGAGCUGGGAGAAGGCUGGGCUCCUGGGGCGGGAGGGAGGGUCCCGGGGUCCCCUACUCGGCUCCAGGGAGCCAGCCCUGGGCCAGGCUGGAUGUACCGGCCCCACCUUCGCUGUAUUCUUGCUGCUAAGUCUGGUAAAUAAA